AUGAAUCUGUCCGACUUCUCCUUCUUCCCGGGGACGUGCACCAUGACGGCCGACGCGCUGCCCUCGCCCAGCCAAGGGGCCGGCCCGGGCUCCCCGCCCGCCUGCAAGGCGGAGCCCCUGCCGGUCAAAGCCGAGCCCCGGGGCAGCCCGGCCGAGGCGGGCGGGGAGCCGCCGCCGCCGCCUUGCUCCGGGGGCGGCGGCGGCGGCCGUCGGAGGAAGCGGCCGGUGCAGCGCGGCAAGCCGCCCUACUCGUACAUCGCGCUCAUCGCCAUGGCCAUCGCCCACGCGCCCGAGCGGCGGCUGACGCUGGGCGGCAUCUACCGCUUCGUCACGGAGCGCUUCCCCUUCUACCGCGAGAACCCCAAGAAGUGGCAGAACUCCAUCCGCCACAACCUGACGCUCAACGACUGCUUCGUCAAGGUGCCCCGCGAGCCGGGCCACCCGGGCAAGGGCAACUACUGGGCCCUCGACCCCGCCGCCGAGGACAUGUUCGACAACGGCUCCUUCCUGCGCCGCAGGAAGCGCUUCAAGCGCGCCGACCUCACCACCUACCCGGGCUACGCGCACGGCGCCAGCGCCUUCGCGCCCAGCCAGGCCCACGCCGCCCGCGCCGCGCCUUGCGACGCGUAUCCAGGCAACAACGGCAACGGCGGCGGCGGCGGGGCCCUCUACUCGCCCCACUACCCGGGCGCGCCCCCUGCGCUGCAGCCCCGCAUGUUCAGCAUCGACAGCCUCAUCAGCGCCCAGCAGCAGCAGCAGCAGCAGCAGGCGGCCGCCGCCCUGCAGGCCUCCCCGGCGGAGCUGGCCCACCACGCCCUGGGCCUGGGCGAGCUGGGCGGCCCCGAGGCCUGCUUCCAGGCCCAGCAGGUCAGCCCGGGCCUCCUGGGCCGGCAGCCCCCCGCCUUGGCCUACCCGUACUCGGCCUCGCCGCCGGGCCACCUCGGGGCCCCCCAGGGGGCCUACGCCGCCCCCAGCGCCCAGCUCUACGGGCCGCCCGGCAGGCUGGCCCUGCAGCCCGGCCGCCCCGCCGCCCCGUGCGCCGACCACGCCGAGCCGCUGCUGCAGGGCCUCUCCGCCGCCCAGCUCAACGGGCUCGGGCAGUUCGCGGCCGCCAGUCACUCUUACAUGAGGCAGCCCAACUUCCCCACCGGCCUGGAGAGAUACUUGUGA